UUUAGGGUAAAAAAGAAAAGAGGAGCUCUUGGAGGACGAAAGAAAUGUUCCGCAGUUGUGGACGGCGUCAUUUCGGGUUCAAUCUGGGUAGAGGAAUGAGAAAAAUUCUUUGGAUUCUCCAUUCGUUGAGGAGGAAGCGGAAGUUGAUGAGGAAGAGGAGGGCUGUGGAUGGCGGCGACCUUCCACUGGAAGUAGGGGUCGCUGGUAUUGAGGGUGCGGGCAAUGAUUUGCCCGCAGCGGAACCUGUUCCGGCAGAACCGGUCGCUUCCGGCGACGAUCUGUCUCUGUCGGCUGAGGAAGUACGCCCGAUUGAGGGUGCCGGCAAUGAUGUUCCUGCAGCGGAACCUGUCGGCGAACUUCCACUGGAAGCAGGGGUUGCUGGUAUUGAGGGUGCGGGAGAUGAUUUGCCUAUUCCGGCCAGUUCGGACACUGCCACAGCCAGUUCAGACACUGCCACGGCCAGUUCGGACACUGCCACGGCCAGUUCGGACACUGCCACGGCCAGUUCGUCAGAUUGUGAAACUUUUAGAGUCACAUCCCUUGAUGAAGUUAAGGAGUUGGAGUCAAAUUUGAAGGAUUCGCAGAAGCCUUGGAAGGUUUUUUUUGCAAGUUCUGUUAAUGUGGAAGAAAAAGAUUCUAUUGUUUCCUAUUGCCAAUUUGAGAAUCUGCAGUAUGAAGAGAUUGGUGAGGCAAAUCUGGAGGAGAACUCGGAUGCAGAGAUUUAGAUCUUGGUGGAGGAGGAUGAGUCUACAGCUUCUAACUAGCUAGGUCUCAUUCACGGCAAUGCAUCCUUUGAUCGACUUUUGAGAUUGCCAUGUACAGUUUCUCCUAUCAUUUUACUUGCAUAGUCCUAUACUUGUAUUUUCUUGAACUAAAAAUAGAAGGGGUGUUAUAAAACAAACAACCCUCCUUUGGAGAUUGAAUGGUGUCAUCUUUCUUUUAUGUUUUCUUUUUUGGGUUCAUGAAGACGGCAAAGCGAUUUGUAAGACGUUGAUGUUUUGGACACACGAACGCUGUCAGACACUAUUUUAGUGUGAGAGGAAGUGUUUCUUGAAUAGAAAAACAGACAAUGUGUUAGAGAUUAA